AUGGUUAGAAAGUAUAAAACCAAAACGGAUCGUUGCCUGAUCGACGAAAAGGUAGUCAAAAAGGCAGUUGAGGAUGUAGUAAAGCAUAAUAUGUCAAUCAGGUCUUCUGCAGCAAAACAUAAUUUGAAAAAGUCGAUGCUAUCUAAACGGGUGAAAAUUGGAAGAGAUUACAUUCAGGAUUCCGAUGAAGGUAGUGGUGAUGUUCGUGAUAAUGGAAGGAAAUAUGCAACGCGGCAAAUCUUUACCAUAGUCGAAGAAAAAAUGCUGUGUAAAUAUGUAAUGAAAUGUUCAGAUAUUCAAUAUGGAUUAACGUACAUUCAGGUGCGUAAACUUGCUUUCCAAUAUGCAGUAAAAUUAGAAAAAACAAUGCCCGAGUCGCGCUUUAAUAAGCACAACGUCGGCACGUUUUUUAAGAACUAUUUAACAGUGAUCAACAAAUAUCAUUUUCGUCCAGAAAGGAUUCUAAACCUCGAUGAAACUGGGAUAACCACCGUCUUGCAGGCACCAAAAGUCAUUGCUACCAAAGGUAAGAAGCAGGUUGGUCAAAUAGUGUCGGCGGAAAGAGGGCAACUUGUUACAUUUGUCGGCAUAAUAUCAACUAUUGGAAAUACAGUCCCCCCGGCUUUUAUAUUCCCAAGAGUCCACUACAAGGAUCAUUUCGUUGCUGGUGGUCCUAUAGGCUGUUUGGGAAUGGCAACCAAGUCAGGAUAG